UCUUGGCUGAACGUUUACUAUUGACUCCUGAAUCACUUAAAAUUUCCAUCAACUCUAAAUGUCAGUGUUUGCAUUUACAAUGGACCGUCCACAACUUUCCUUAUCAUCAGGAACUAAAAAUGCUGUUUCAGAUACAGAUCACUAGAAUUGAAACAUCUAAUGUCACCUGGGUGAGGAAUUAUAGCACUACUGUGAGGUGGAAUCAAGUUCUGCAUUGGAGCUGGGAAUCCGAGCUCCCUUUGGAAUGUGCAACACACUUUGUAAGAAUCAGGAGUCGGGUGGACGAUGCCAAGUUCCCUGAGUUGAGUUUCUGGAGCAACUGGAGUUCAUGGGAAGAAGUCAGUGUACAAAAUUCUCUUGGGCAGGAUACAUUGCUUGUUUUCCCUAAAGAUAAGCUAGUGGAAGAAGGCUCCAAUGUCACCAUCUGUGCCAUUUCUCGGAACAAUCAAAAUAACAUAUCCUGUUAUUUGGAAGGUGAACAGAUACACGGAGGACAACUUAAUCCAUACGUAUCCACAUUCCACUUAAAAAAUGUCCCUUUCAUUAGGGAAAGAGGAACAAAUAUCUUUUGUAAAGGGAACCAAGAUAAUAUAAAAGGCAUCGUGCUCUUUGUCUCAAAAAUACUUGAGGAGCCCAAGGACUUUUCUUGUGAAACCCAGGACGCCAAAACUUUGAGCUGUACGUGGGAUCCUGGGAGUGACACUGGCUUGGCUUGGUCUAAACAACCUUCCCAAAGCUACACUUUAUUUGAAUU